GCUGGUGACAAACUCAAUGAAACUUGUGAGAACCGCCAGUCCAGAGACACGAGCGGCAGUGGCGGGAGGCCUCGGUAACUUGACGGAUCAUGACUGCGCCCCCUAAGGACAGGUACAAUGGCGUCUGGCUGAUAUUCUUCAUGCUCGGACUCGGCACCUUAUUACCAUGGAACUUCUUCAUGACAGCGACCUUGUAUUUCACCACUCGUCUGCGUGAGGACCCCAGUGAUGGGACGGCCCGCGGUGCUGGAAAUUACUCCGCCCCUUUCAAUGCUUCGUCGAUGUUGGCCGCUGGCGGUAAUCACACGAAAACGAGCGAUUUGGAGCUUCCACCGACCGCGCUGCAGAGCAAGUUCAACAACGUGAUGACCCUGUGCGCCAUGCUGCCGCUCCUGAUCUUCACCUGCCUGAACUCCAUCCUGCACCGCCGAAUUUCUCAGAACAUUCGGAUCGCCGGCAGCCUGGUCGCCAUCUUCCUGAUUUUCUUGCUGACCGCCAUAUUUGUGAAGCUCCCUUUCUCGCCGGUCGCGUUCUUCACCGUAACUAUGGUCAAAAUUGUCUUCAUUAAUUCGUUCGGCGCUCUCCUCCAGGGCAGUCUCUUCGGAUUGGCCGCCCUCUUCCCAGCAAGUUACACGGCUCCCAUAAUGAGCGGCCAGGGGCUGGCGGGGACAUUCGCAGCGCUCGCCAUGAUCUGCGCAUUGGCGAGCGGCUCGGAGCCGAAGGACAGCUCCUUUGGUUACUUCAUCACGGCGUGUGUGGUCAUCCUCCUCGCCCUCCUCUCCUACAUGGCGCUCCAUAAACUGGAAUUCUACAAGUUCUACACGGUGACGAGCGGCGCCAUCAACAGCGCGGCUGACAACGUGGAGCUGAAGAAGGAUCUACUGCAGCAGGGUGAGCUGGGAACAGCCAGGACGUCCGAAAAACAAUCCUUCGUCAGCAUCCUGAAGAAGAUCUGGGUGCUGGCGCUGUCCGUCUGCCUCGUCUUCACCGUAACCAUUGGGAUAUUCCCGUCUGUCACCGCGGACGUCAAGUCCACCAUCGCCGGCGACUCUAAGUGGAACGACUACUUCAUCCCCGUCUCCUGCUUCCUGCUCUUCAACCUCUUUGACUGGGCCGGACGCAGCCUGACCUCCCUGGUGAUGUGGCCGGGGAAGGACAGUAAGCUCCUGCCCCUCCUGGUGGCGGCCCGUCUGGUCUUCCUGCCCCUCUUCAUGCUGUGUAACGUGAUGCCCCGCAACUACCUGCCCGUCUACCUGGCUCAUGACGCCUGGUACAUCUGCAUCAUGAUGCUCUUCGCCAUCUCCAACGGAUACCUGGCCAGCCUCUGCAUGUGCUUCGGCCCUAAGAAGGUGAAUGUUCACGAGGCGGAGACCGCCGGCGCCAUAAUGGCGUUCUUCCUGUCGCUGGGUCUGGCUCUUGGUGCGGGCUUCUCCUUCCUGCUGAGGAGCGUGGUCUGAUUUUAAAGAGCCCUCCACCCCUCUGAAGCCUCGUGGAGUCCAGUGCUACCUCGCGUGUACCUCGUGCACAUCAUGGCGAAUCUCUUCUGCGUCGUGGAUUCGUUGCCCCCUAUUUAACGUGCUGCCCUCAGAAAGCGCGUUUUGUGCUCCGGGCCCCAAGACAGAGGGGCCCUGGACGGCACCGUGAGGUGCUGGACCUAAUGCUAAUCUCACAAAGUGCCGGAGCUGCAGUCACUCCACAAGUGUAUAACCCCCAUCGGAAGCGGGCGUCAGCCAUUUUUUUAAGAUGUUUGGUCAUGUAUUCCGCACUAGUAUUAUUAUUAUUAUUAUUAUGUAUCUGUUGUGUAGAUAUUUGGGGGCCCCGCCCCUGCGGAGCCGUUUACAGGGUGGAGCCUUACUGACUUCCUCUAUUAUGAUAAUUCGCUGCUUUGUUUUCAUCUUUUACAUUUUGUUCAUCUGCAAAAAAAAUGAAGAAAACAUAUUUUUUAUGGAAUUAACAGAAUCCGAGUUUGUAAAAUAAGGUUUUACCUUC